AUGUCUAGUCUCGGUGUUGGUGGCAUUAGCUAUGGUGGAGGCGCUGGAGGUAUUCUCCUAGCUGCUGGCUACAGCGAAGAUAUCAAAUUUUACGAUACGUUCACCGGGGAGAUGCUGAAGACUAUCGGAGGCCCGGGCUCGAGAGUACCAGGUGUCGAGGGCGUACGACGAUGCAACCCAAUGCGACGACGACGCUUCAACGACAGUGACGACGGCACAGUCGACAAGUUCGAGUUCGACGACUACCUCAAGUAUGAGUUCAACCACUACAAGGAGUGCCCCGCAGACCACGACAAGCACAAUUUCGCGACGUACAACUACGAUGAGCACAACGACAACCACAAGUACAAGUACAACGACGAGCGCGACACCUACGAGCACAACAACUUCGAGUACGGCAACUACGAGUACGGCAACUACGAGCAUAGCAACCACGAGUACAGCAACUACGAGCAUAGCAACCACGAGUACGGCAACUACGAGCAUAGCAACUACGAGUACGGCAACUACGAGCAUAGCAACUACGAGUACGAAAACUACCAGCAUAACAACAACGAGCAUAACAGCCACGAGUACGGCAACUACGAGCACGAUAACUACGAGCACUAUAACUACAAGCAUAACGACUACGAGCUCAACAACUACGAGCAAAACAACUGCGAGCGCGGCAACGACGACAAAUCCAACGGCGAUCAUCCCGGUGAGCACUGCGAUCAAUUCUAA